GGAGUUCGCUCGGCGCUUGGCUUUGUUCGUCUGCUGCUGCCCUCACCGCCACCGCCGCCGCCUGCACUCUCCCCUCUCUCUCUCCCUCCCCGGGUCCCGAGAACGCCGCGACGGCCGCCUGCCUGGCCCUGCCGCAGCGAUGGGUCGCUCGUCCCGGGCAGACACGAAGAAGGGUGCCGGACACCGGCUCCGCCACCGCCACCACCACCACCUCCUCCUCCACCUCCUCCUCAUCAUCAUCAGCACGUGCCUCCUGCAAGUCGCCAGUGAGGCCAGCGGCAGCAGCAGCAACAGCUCGUUAAGCGCAGAGACGUGGUUGCAGCAGUAUGGGUACCUUCCGGCGGGCGACCUGCAGAUGGCCACGUACCGCUCGGGACAGAUGCUGUCGGAGGCCGUGUCCUCCAUGCAGGCCUUCUACGGCAUCCCAGUCACCGGCACGAUGGACGAGCUCACCAGGCAAUGGAUGCAGAAGCCACGGUGUGGAGUACCGGAUCGAUACGGAACCACCGUAACGGCCGGGUCCCGGCACAAGCGCUAUGCCAUCAACCACCUCAAGUGGCAUCAUCAGCACAUCACCUACGACAUCCAGAACUACACGCCCAAAGUCGGCGAGUACGAGACCCACCAGGCAAUCCGGAACGCCUUCGCCGUGUGGCAGGCGGUGACGCCGCUCACCUUCACACAGGUGUCUGGUCGCGACGGUUCGGGCAACGACGCCGACAUCAUCAUCUUCUUCGCGUCGGGUUACCACGGCGACCGCUCGCCCUUCGACGGCGUGGGCGGGUUCCUGGCGCACGCCUACUUCCCCGGGAAGGGCAUCGGAGGGGACACCCACUUCGACGCCGACGAGCCGUGGACGCUGGGGGGGCUCGACUACACCGGUAACGACCUUUUUAUCGUCGCCGUGCACGAGCUGGGCCACGCGUUGGGCCUGGAGCACUCCAACGACCCGUCGGCCAUCAUGGCGCCCUUCUACCAAUACAUGGACACGGAUGACUUCCAGCUGCCCUACGACGAUUUGCUGGGCAUCCAGCAGAUUUACGGUCCCCCGACCCACCCGCGUCCAUCAGUGUCUCCGGGCAAACCCAAUAAGCCCAACAAACCCAAACCGCCCAAAACGAAACCGGGAGAGGACGUGCCGCGACCCGGCUCGCCGCCCGACAUCUGCAAGGGCGGCUUCGACACGAUCGCCAUGCUGCGCGGGGAGAUGUUUGUGUUCAAGGACCAGUGGUUCUGGCGUGUCAAGGACAAGCGCGUUCCAGAAAACUACCCCAUGCCGAUUGGCCACUUUUGGCUGGGCCUGCCCAAUAACGUGGAGUCGGCGUAUGAGAGGGGCGACGGAAAGUUCGUCUUCUUUAAAGGCAGCAAAUUCUGGGUGUUUGACGAGUCCGUGGCGGAGUCGGGAUACCCCCGCAGCCUCUCGGAGCUCGGCAGCGGCAUCCCCAACGAUCAGAUUGACGCGGCCGUGUGGUGGGAGCCCUCGGGCAAGACUUACAUUUUCCGCGGAGACAAGUACUGGAGGUUCAACGAGGAGAGUCUGACAGCUGAGUCCGGCUACCCCAAGUCCAUCAGCGUGUGGGAAGGGAUACCAUCGUCGCCGCAAGCCGCCUUCCUCGGCUCGGAGAGCAUGUACACGUACUUCGUGAAAGGCAACCUCUACUGGAAGUUCCACAAUCAGAAGCUCAGGGUGGAGCCCGGCUACCCGCGCUCAGUGCUCUCCGACUGGCUGGGAUGUCCGGACACAGGGAAAGACGCAGACAGGGAGAGAGAUCGGGAGAGGGACAGGGAGACGGAGAGGGAACGGGAGAGGGAACGUGAGGAGGAAGAGAGACGGAAGGAGGAGGAGGAAGAAGAGAGGGAAAGAGAAGAAGAACGCGAGAGGGAGGAAGAGAAGGAAAGGGAGCAAGAGAGGGAGAGGGAGCGAGAGAGAGAACGGGAGAGAGAGCGUGACAAAGAGAGGGAGGAAGAUAGCGACAGAGAGAGGGAGCGGGCACGCGAGGAGGAAGAGGAGGAGGAGGAGAGGGAGCGGGAGAAGAAACGUCAGAAAGAACGGGAGCAAGAGCGAGAGAGAGAGCGGGAACGCGAACGAGAAAAGAAGAAGGAGAGGGAGCUAGAGAGGGAGCAGGAGAGGGAGCGUGCGAGGGAGAGGGAGCGGGAGAGGGAGCGGGAGAGGGAGCGGAAGAAAGGCACCGACAGGGAUAGAGAUGCAGAUCGGGGCAAGGGCACGGGACAGGACGACGUGUAUGACUACUAUGACCAAGACGUGACCAAGAACAAGGUGGAGGAUGAGGUGGACGUGGUGGUGGAGGAGGUGGAAGGUGGCUUCAACCACGUGGCUCUAAUCAUCUGCCUGCUGCUGCUGCUUUGCGUCGUCAUCGCGCUGCUUGCCGUGCUCUUCAUCAGGAGGCGCGGCGCCCCCAAGCCCAUCCGCUACUGCAAGCGCUCGAUGCAGCAGUGGGUGUGACGGGUGGGCCGCUCGGAUUGGGUUCUCACAAGUUGGCCGCCUGCUAUGGGUGCUCGCACUUAGGUUAGCGAUGGAGGCCCAGAAAAAACACAACACACCCGUCGGCAGCCUCAGGGCGUCUGCGUUAGCUUUGUCACGUGUCUCUUGCAAUAAAAUGUAGGCUUUUUGAAAGUGAAAACAGGUUUCUUUUUUAUAUAUAAAUAUAUAAGUAGACAUGCCUCGCCAAGCUGUGAAUGCUUGUUGCCAAUUGGCCACGUGGUCACUGAACUCUGGUUCUCGUUUAUCCACCGGAGCAUCGAGCAGCCCCAAUACCUCUCUGAUGGUCUCAUUCUGCUCGAGGACUCCCUGGGUCGGCUUUUCACGCUUGGACCCCAAUGCUUACCAGACAAUUGCACUUAAAAUCUGCGUUGCAGGGAUUAAGCUAAUUACUCGUGCUUGGGUUGAGUGUGCUGGCUGUGGGUUCAUCAGCUGCUUUGCCGCCUUUUAAUUUAUGGUGCUAAAAUACACAUCAAAGUGGCCUGA